UCAAAAAAUAAAUAAAUAAUUAAAUAAAAUUUUGUUUCCGAAAGCAUAAUAUAGUUUGUAUCAAAUUCAAAAGGUCUUUAAUUAAGGCAAAGUGAAUACAGAGCCAUGUUUCCUAAGCUUCCGAUAUUUCUUCUCUUAGUAUCAACAUUAGUUCCACUUCCACAAGCAUUAUCCCAAGCUCAACCCAAUAAUCUGAGUUUUGUCUUCAAUGGAUUCAAGUCAGGCGACCUUGUACUCGACGGGAUAGCUGAAAUAACCUCAAAUGGCCUGUUAAAGCUCACAAACGACACAACACAGAAAGCGGGUCAUGCUUUCUUUCCCAACCCAGUAACAUUCAAGGCAACACCAAACGGCACCGUUUCUUCCUUCUCUACUACAUUCGUCUUCGCCAUCAGAAAACCGUACCCGGAUUUGAGCGGCCACGGCAUCGUUUUCGUGAUUGCUCCGACGAGAGGUCUUCCUGGGGCUCUUCCUAGCCAGUACCUUGGCCUUUUUAACGAAUCCAACAACGGCAACGCCACGAACAGAGUUGUAGGAGUCGAGCUCGAUACCAUUCAAAGCACUGAGUUCAAUGACAUCAACGCCAAUCAUGUUGGGAUUGAUAUUAACGAUUUAGCCUCCGUUAAAUCUGAGCCGGCUAGUUAUUUUGACGAAAGAAAAGGUGGGUUUACCAACUUAUCGCUUAUAAGUGGUAAAUCGAUGAGAGUGUGGGUCGAUUAUGACGGUGUUAAGAAGCAGAUGAACGUGACUUUAGCUCCGUCUGAAGGUCUCAAACCCCAGAAACCUCUUUUGUCUUUGACGGAAGAUCUUUCCCCAUUUAUGAAAGACACCAUGUAUAUUGGUUUUUCUUCAUCAACAGGCUCUAUUAUUAGUAAUCACUAUGUUCUGGGCUGGAGCUUUAAGAUUAAUGGCCAAGCUCAAGAACUUGACUUGUCCAAACUCCCAAAGUUACCAAGGGUCGGACCAAAACCAAAAUCUAAGCUUAUGACAAUUGGGUUACCAGUGAUGUUGACUAGCUUGGUGGCUUUAGUGAUCUUAAGCUUAGUUCAUUUUAUCAAAAGAAAGAGAAAAUUUGCUGAGCUAAUUGAAGAUUGGGAGUCCGAAUAUGGACCCCAUAGGUACAAAUACAAAGAUUUGUAUAUGGCCACCAAGGGUUUCAAGGACAAAGGUUUAUUGGGCGCAGGAGGAUUUGGCAGUGUCUAUAAAGGAGUAUUACCAUCAAAAACAGAGAUUGCUGUCAAAAGAGUCUCUCACGAAUCAAGACAGGGUAUGAGAGAAUUCGUUGCUGAAAUCGCCAGUCUUGGCCGGCUCCGGCACAGGAAUGUUGUACAGCUUUUGGGCUAUUGUCGCCGGAAAGGUGAACUUCUUUUAGUCUACGAUUACAUGCCUAAUGGCAGCCUAGACAAGUAUCUAUAUGACAACCCAAAAACGACACUAAAUUGGAGCCAAAGAUUUCGAGUCAUAAAGGGAGUUGCCUCCGGGCUAUGCUAUCUUCACCAUCAAUGGGAACAAGUAGUCAUUCACCGUGACGUGAAAGCCAGUAACGUGUUACUUGAUGGGGAGUUAAACGGUCGAUUAGGAGACUUCGGUUUAGCUAGACUGUACCACCAUGGAAGCGAUCCACAAACAACCAGGGUUGUUGGAACACUCGGGUACCUUGCUCCGGAGCACACCAGAACCGGAAAGGCCACACCUAACGCUGAUGUCUUCUCAUUCGGAGCUUUCUUGCUAGAAGUAGCGUGCGGACGACGACCCAUUGAAGGGAGUAGAACAGAGACAGGGGAGGAGCUUAUACUGGUGGACUGGGUUUUCUCUUGUUGGUGCAGAGGAAACAUUAUGGAGGCCAUGGAUUCGAAUCUAAUAGAAUUAGAUUCUACUGAAGCUGGACUGGUAUUAGAAGAGGAAGUAGAGUUGGUAUUGAAACUUGGGUUGUUGUGCUCACAUUCAGAACCGAGGAUGAGACCGACCAUGAGGCAAGUGGUGUCCUUUUUAGAGAGAGAUGCACCGUUGCCAGACCUGUCGACAACAGGGCUGACCGCAGCGGGGUUGACUUUCGGGCAAAAAGAAGGGUUUGAUGACUUUGCCAUGUCGUAUCCGUCGUCUAUGGCGUUUCACUCUCAUGUGUCCACAGCUUCUGUGGCUGAGUCUCUUCUCUCUAGUGGCCGCUGAGCUGAAUCCGAGUUCCGAGUUGAGUUCUAGCGCGUGAACUGUGACUCUGACGUGCGUGAACUUAUUUUGGUUAUCUGUUAGAAACCUGUACAUUUUGUUGCUUUGUUGCCAUAAUUGUACGAAGAUAUAAUGAUACUUACACAUGUUUAGUUUAAUUAUUUUUGUUGUAUAAAAUUAGAAAUGUAAUCGUGUUGCUACUUUCUGUAAAAGUAUUUAUUUUCCCUGUC